ACGGUUCUGCCUCCGGGAGAAGAGGCAGCCGCGCAGGUCUUACGGGAGGCCGGCGGCAGCAACCGGUACCGGCAACCACGGGCACUUCUCAGGGAAUCUCGGUCGUGAGGCCAGAGGCCCAGUCCCCGCGAGUCCAGAUGCCUGUCCAGCCUCCAAGCAAAGACACAGAAGAGAUGGAAGCAGAGGGUGAUUCUGCUGCUGAGAUGAAUGGGGAGGAGGAAGAGAGUGAGGAGGAUCGGAGCGGCAGCCAGACAGAGUCAGAAGAGGAGAGCUCCGAGAUGGAUGAUGAGGACUAUGAGCGACGCCGCAGUGAGUGUGUCAGUGAGAUGCUGGACCUAGAGAAGCAGUUCUCGGAGCUAAAGGAGAAGCUGUUCAGGGAACGACUGAGUCAGCUGCGGUUGCGGCUGGAGGAAGUAGGGGCUGAGAGAGCCCCUGAAUACACAGAGCCGCUUGGGGGGCUGCAGCGGAGCCUCAAGAUUCGUAUUCAGGUGGCAGGGAUCUACAAGGGCUUCUGUCUGGAUGUGAUCAGGAAUAAGUACGAGUGUGAGCUGCAGGGAGCCAAACAGCACCUGGAGAGUGAGAAGCUGCUGCUCUAUGACACGCUGCAGGGGGAGCUGCAGGAGCGGAUCCAGAGGCUGGAGGAGGACCGUCAGAGCCUGGACCUCAGCUCCGAGUGGUGGGACGACAAAUUGCACGCCAGAGGCAGCUCCAGGUCUUGGGACUCCCUGCCGCCCAGCAAGAGGAAGAAGGCACCUCUUGUUUCUGGCCCGUACAUCGUGUACAUGCUACAGGAGAUCGACAUCCUGGAGGACUGGACAGCUAUCAAAAAGGUGGGGCUGCUGCCGCCCAUGUCCCCUGCCUCACCUCAGGGCCCCCGCACCCUGGCAGCAGCUCUGCCAUCUGCAGGCCUAGGAGUUCUGUUCACCAAGGCUUCCCUACCUUUAGCCCAGGGUCCCUGGAUCGCAGUCGGCUCACAAGUCCUCUUGCUCGAGGAGGCCCUGGGAGAAGGGACUUGUAGCCUGUGUCAGCCCCUUCCUGUUCCAGGGCACGUUUUGGUGGAGUGGGAGGGUGGUGGGAAGGCGGGAGAGCAGCUGAGCUGGCUGGCGGUCAAGUGUAUGGGAGCUCUGCCUGGGAGGGCCUAUGCUCCCAGCCCUGGGGGCGCAGCACUGAGGCAGCAGCCCGAAUGCCACAGAGGUGGGGGGUGGGGACAGGGAUUGCCAAGCUGGAGGUGGGCUCUCAGGGGGCUUUUCUUCUCACCCACCCAGGCUAGGGCAGCUGUGUCCCCUCAGAAGAGAAAAUCGGAUGGACCGUGACCCUGCUGUUCACAGCCAGGGGACCCUCAGAGCAGCUGGCAUGGCACCCAGGAUUCUCAUCUUCCUGCUGCAGACAGGUGGACCCACAGGCCCCUCAGGGUCCACCCAGCCAGGCUCCUGUGGUGCUGCAGGGCCCUCCCCGCCUUGGCACUGGACUCCUCUGCCCUCCUCAAGGCCUGCACAGCUGUGGCUGUGGAGCUGACCUGGCCAGGCAAAGCUAUUGUCUCCAUCCCUGAGCCUCCUCCCGCUCCUGAAGAUCCACCUCUUGGGGCUCCCCUGACAGAAGACAGCUGAAGUCGAAGCCACAUCCUCCUGCUGACCUUGGAUGCAAGCAGGCUCCCCGGCCUCUGGGCCAGGAAGCCAGGCCCCACUGGUGGGAACUCUGAGUCAGACGUGGUAUCUGGAGGGCUGUCCACCCUGGCUGGAGCUGGAGGCAAACAGCCAGGCCCCCAGGUUUUCUCAGGGCAGUUCUUGGUGUCUGCCUCCCAGAUUUCAAGGACUGGAAUUAAAACCUUUCCUGGAACUCUGG